UUCUUGCAGGUGCGCACAUCUUGACCGACUCAGCAGGAAGGUCGAUUUUCUUCGCGUUUAAAGAGAAGAAAAAUGUCCCCGUGUCUGUAGAGAUGAUUUGCAGUUCAGCCCGGCUGAAGCUGAGCGAAUGAGACUAUGGGCUGUGCCUCCGCCAAGCAUGUUGCUACUGUUCAAAAUGAAGAGGAAGCCCAGAAAGGGAAGAGCUACCAGAAUGGAGAUGUGUUUGGCGAUGAGUAUAGGAUCAAACCGGUGGAAGAAGUCAAAUACAUGAAAAAUGGGGCCGAAGAGGAACAGAAAAUAGCAGCCAGGAACCAAGAAAACUUGGAAAAAAGUGCCAGUUCAAAUGCAAGACUUAAAACGAAUAAAGAGAUUCCGGGAUUAGUUCAUCAACCCAGAGCAAACAUGCACAUCUCUGAGAGCCAACAAGAAUUCUUCAGAAUGCUGGAUGAAAAAAUCGAAAAGGGUCGAGAUUACUGUUCGGAAGAAGAGGAUGUCACAUAGCACCAAUCGGACACUCAAACCAGGAGCUACUACUGUGUAAAUAGGUUACACCCCAGUCGAAAUCUUUACAAAGGUCGGUCCUCUUCAAGGAACAGCGCUAUAGCAAAAGAAGAGCGUUCCAUAUCGUAUGCCCCAUUAAAUCACAGUGUUUCCCAAUGAACUUGCAAAGGAAUAUUGCUAAAAACAAACAAAAAAAACUGUCAUUGAACUUUCUUUGUUGCUGCUAGUUAAAACUCGUUGCAACUUUUCACUUCUCUUGUGUCCAGGUAUGCAGCAAAAUUCUGCGAUUUCACCUUAAAGAUACUGUUGGUUUUACAGAGGCUCUCCAACCUAUUUUCUAUAAGACGAGGUAGUGGUGAACUCAGAUUAUCCAACUUCUGUUCUAGAGCGUUCCGCUUCUCCGCGUCUCCUUCCCUCUGUCCUUCCGCCCUGUCUGUCCCGGAGCGGCCCGGAGCCUUGCUUCUCACUGGCGAUGUUGUGCUUUGGAGAUGGGAUGGUUGCUAUGGCGAGCCGUGUUUCUCUGCUAAGAAGGAGAGAAGCUCGUAUCGAUUAAAAGCAUGUUGUGACCUGACUCCUGGAAGUGACCCAGGAGCGCAGCAGGUUGUUUCAUUUACUGGGUAUCGUAAUCAAGGAUUAAGCUUGCAAACAUUGGCUUCGCUCAGAUGCAGACGCAAGUGUGAUCACAAUCAUUUCAAAUCCUUCCUCCCCACUUUUUUUUCUAAGAAAAUAAACAUUUUACUGUUUUUAUGUAUCUUUGUCUUCUCCCAUUCAUCCAGUUCAGUGUCUUAUGAUGCUCCCGGGUGCGAAUGAUGAGCCCUCCUUUGCAAUGACACCGAGAAUUGACAAUGACACCUAACGGCUCCCUACCUUCCCGUGAAUAAUCUACCAAGAAUUAGCUGGGCAGCAGGAGGUCAGAAGAGAUGAGGGGACAUCCCAUGACUUUUUAGGAGGGCCCAAAACCACCCUGUUACCUUCAUUGUAUUAGCAAAUAAACCACCCUCUUUCCCUAAUUCUCUCCCUUCAGUGAUACAGGAACCUGGUCACUUUCUUUGCCUCUUCCUUGCAGCCCUGGAUAGUACAGUGAGAAAUGUUUCCCUACCUGAAAACGUAGCACAUUUACACUGGUGACAGUGUCUGGAGAUGCAAAAGCUGACGCCCCAGGGCAGUCGUGGACAAUGUGAACUGUGGGUUUGGUAGAGUUUAUUUUUCCAUAUUAUAUGAAGAGAAUGAUCUCUUCCCAAAGACAGAAGUAAUAUUUUUAACAAAUGUUGUCACAAGUAAAUAGCCAUCAAAAGGAGAAAAUAACUUUUGUAUUUUUUUAAUGCAUUUGAUAGCUUUGACGAGGGUCGUCUUUGUUACUUUCUGGGGAGGGCACCCUAUUCAAUGCUAAGCCACAGCCCAGGCUUGGGUCGGUCCCACAGAAACCCAGAAGGAGCACUGUCUGUUCCUCUCUCUGGGAGUUGUGAAUGGGAAGGGCCUGGCCAUCGGCCUCACGGCCACCCUCCGAAAGUGGGAAGUUCAUACGUUCUGGGAGUCAAGCGAUCCCCUGCCACAGAAUUUGUUCUUACUGAGAAGAUGAGCCUUGACUUUAAAAUCCAUCCACAUAAGCGAUGGCCCCACUGAUGAGCUAACGGUGAGAUUCCUCGUCUCCUUGUAGACCAGGGCACAAAGGGAAAGGAAGGAAACUCAGUCAAGAGCGAUAGAAAAUGGACUCGAAUGUUAGCAACAAAGGCCCUUGAUUCUUUCAGCCAGCAGCAGCUAUUCUGGGGAGCAGCUGUGGUUGUUACAUAAAUAGAGAAGCAGCCAAAAUUCAAGGCUUUUUAUCCCGCUUCCAGCAGAAAAAUGCCGGGAGAGUCAAGUCGUCCCGCCCAGGGUUUUCAGUUCCCUCCCUUUGUAUGGUUUUGGCCAAGUGACUAAAACUGUUUUUGUCAACUGUAAACACAAUGCUCAGCCCCAAGCCCCACCUCAGACUUGCCCAUGGAGGACUUUGUUCACUGCUAUGCCGAUGACCUUGUCCCGGGAUUUCUUGUUCUUAUAAAGCAGACGCUAACCAUCCUCCAUGUCACUCCUCCACGUGGUGUCUCAGGCAGUGUCUGCGCACGUGGCCACAGCACCAAGUACUUCUUGGGAACCUGACUCUUGAGUGUUUUGUGAGACAGGAAACUGGUUCCCGUGAAACAGUGACCUGUCCCCUGGAGCUCUGUCUUCCAGUGCCAACACUGGAGACCUCUUUGAAGUGCAGAAGUGAUUUUAUCUGCCGACACAUUUGGUACAUCUAGAAAUAGAUCUGAGGCAUGGGGUGGUCGAGCAGGUUGGCAAGAAACGCUUGAUUAUGUUAGCAACGCUUAGAACUGUCUGUUUUCCAUUUGUUGGUUUUAAUCAUAAAAUUGUCAAGUGA